GAUAACAAAAAGCGAACGGGGAUUUGACCAAUUUCUCAGAACGUCGCGCACGCUCGGCGGUUACGCGACCUUUUUGUCUCUCUCACAUUUUUUUCGCCUUUUCUUUCCUCUUUUGUUUUAUUUUGAAAAGCGAAACUGCACGCCCGGGUUUUCUCGUGGGUGGGUGGUGGCGAGCACUUUUUCUCGUGAAACGGCCCUACUCAAACUGGUGACCGUCAGUGCUAUGGAGAUCGGCGACGAGGCUGGACUCGAACAGUUUCAUUGUCGCGACGAUUUCCCUACAAAAUCAUUCCUUCGAACUUCAACCAAUUGAUCGAAUAUCGAAUUUCGAUUGCGAGUCGACUUGGAAAUUCUUUUCGUUGCUUCGUUAUUUUUAUUUUUUUGUUCCUCCUGCCGAAGGAUUUUUCCAUUUUUCGUACUAUGAUUUUUAUUUUUUUAAUGACGUUACGCUUGCUGACAGUAACAACACUGUUUUAUCUUAAAAGUUUACGGUUUUUUAUGGGAACAGAUGAGAUAUUUUUAUUUUGAAAAAUUUCUAACAAUCGUUGAACAAUCAUAUUCGAUGGCUCGGAUUAUUUAUAAAUGACUUUCGUUUCCGAUUUCAGUUGUUUUUAUCGAAUCGCAUGAGAAUUUCUGGCAGUGCCAGGUAGCCGGUAAAUCGGUAGAGGCUCGGUGCGGAUUAUUUUUUAAAAAUGUCUUCUACUACGAGGAUGGAAACUUCAGAUAUGAAGGAAACGAGCGAUACGAAGAUCGAGGUUGGGCCUGACAAGAAGACCGAUAAAAUCGGUUCGAAUGUGAUAGAGUGCAGCUUGAACAUGAAUCUUUCGUUACCGAAGGCGAAUAAAAGGUCGAAGAUUUUUCAGAGGGCACAGAGUCUCGUGAUAGUGAUACUAGCGAUUAUAUUUGCCAUUGUGUGCUUCCAUCUCAAACAGGAAGUUCGAGCCCUCAAAGUCCAGAUAAAUUGCGUGAAUACAAAUCUGAUGAUGUUGAUGCUGAGGUACGACAAGCUGAAUAAGAAUUUCAAUCGAAUCUGGUACCACGGAAUGGCGAAUCAUCAUCGACUACUCGCGCGUCCGACGGACCCGUCAAGACAAUUGACUCAGACUCCAAAACAUCGUGACUCGUCCUCGAGAGAGGAAGUCUCGAGUUCCGAGACCUCCGACAAAGAUCGAAGCACGUUGACGCUCAAUGACAACAUUUCGCCUCCCAAUUCGACUUACGAGUUUGAAAAAAUCGAGAAAAUUUCAAGGCACGUCUUCGAGAGCGAUAACGUACUUGAUGACAGAAAAUCGGCGGAGGCUCCCAAUGAUCACGCCGAUGAGUAUUCUGAAAGAGAGAGAUACGAGAGAGCUGCUAUUGUGGCAUUUGAGAAACGAAAUCAGGCGUCACCUACGGCUUUGUCGGGCUCAAGGGACGAAACUAGCGACGAUGCGAAUACGUGGAACGAAUCUCGCACCGGAAGAUACCGUCGUGACGAAGGACGAGGUAAAAAACGAAGAAAGAUCAAAAGGAGGCUCAAACGCAGUCGCCGGCGAUUGGGGCCUCUUGUCGCGACCUUCGUUGGUGCUGUACCCGAACAACACGUGACCGAUACAGGUAUCUACGUGGGCCCGUGGGUCAAGAGUACCAGAAACGAGUCACGAUACUCUUUCAACAAAUUUCAUCUAGUCGAAGAUAAAACGUCGAUUGAAGUUACCGCUAAUGGACUGUACAUGGUCUCAGCACAGAUUUAUUAUUUCGGUGAGCCAACGCACUAUUCCUACUGGAUUUUACUGACCUCCGAGGGUUCAUCGAACACUCGAAAAGUCAUAAAAUGCGCAACAGUUUCAGCGGUCUCGGCAAGCGAAGCGUCUUGUUACACGAGCGUUGUUCUGUCUCUUCGGCGAGGCGACAGACUUCACAUACAACAACAGGAACGCGACAGAUUGAUCAAUCUCCGAGAAGGCCACAGUUACGUCCAAAUAAUGCUACUUUCGAGUGAUUCGUCGAGACGUCGUGGAACUUGAAAAAGCAUGAACGUGAAACUCUGUACGACUGCGCACGCCGUACUUAUCUCGUCUUUCUUUUCUCCGAGAAUGAAAAACAACAACAAUUCUACUUCAAUUUUGCCAAGCCACGAACUCGAAAAACCAAAACUUUUUUUCAUUUCUUCUCAACAGUUACCAUCAUGCGCGAUUGACCUAUAUCGAGUUCUUACGAUAACCAUUUUUGGAGGAAGGCGUAGCUCCCCCAUCGUAACGUUACUCAAUAUACAGCUUGGCCAAUAUUCGCCAUUAUAUUUUUCAUUCCCAAUUUACGCCAUUGUGAUUAUCUCAUCGUUUGUACAGAACUUCCAAGUCAUUAACACGAUCGAAACUUAAUAGUUUGUGUAUUUUCUCUCUUCUAAUUUUCCACUCAUGGAUAUUAAGUUUACUGUCAACUGUGUAGGAAUCUAUGAAAAUGAUUAAUUUUAAGUCCAGUUACGUGUCAUAUGUACAAAAUUCCUGCAUUCUGCGGUCCACCGCAAAAAACAAAAGAGUCGAUGAAAUUUUAAUAGUAAAAACAUUUUUUUAUAAAAA